GCCUUGGCGGCACAUCUUGUCGCCGAAGGCCAUGUGGUGGAUCUUUUCCUUAUGACCGACUCGAAGCACUUAGCACCAGCCGGUGUCAACUUGCACGAGCUGCCGUUCACGCAGAUGGACUUCUACAAGUUCGUGGGCACCUCUACCAAGGG